UCGCGAAACAUCCAUUCAGCAUAGCUUUACAAGAAACACACAAGUUACUUCAACACAUACUUUAGGAUAGAGAUUAUAUCGAAUUGUAAAUUUCAUAAUUAGUAAUUCCUGCAAUCACAGACCAUUAAUCUCCAAACACACUGCCAAUUACUCUCUCCAUCUCCAACACCAAAAGAAUGUCAUCAACAUUGCCCUCCAAAACAACAGCAACAACGACGAGCAAUGCAUCUUCUAAAAACAAUAACAACAAUAACAACCAAACAAACAAGAGAGUACUGACAAACAAGAAUACUAUUAAUUUCCUUGCAGGAGGUAUCUCGGGAUCCAUUGCUGCUGUUGCAACCCAACCACUAGAUGUGCUUAAAACAAGAUUCCAAAGCUCAGCAGGAAUUUACAAUGAAACUACAGCCCAAAGUCGUUUUUUCCUCACUAAAAUUAUAGAUUCCCUCAAAGUAACAGCUAGAAAUGAAGGUAUGCAUGGUCUUUUUAGAGGAUUAAUACCAAAUAUUGUUGGUAUUUUCCCAUCUAGAGCUAUUUACUUUGCCACAUAUUCAGCAGCUAAGGAUUUUUUCAGCAAAUAUACCUCCUUAUCUACAGAGAGUCCAAUAGUUCACAUUGCAAGUGCUGCUGCUUGUGGUGUUGUGGUCCCAGGUACAAUGAAUCCAAUGUUUUUGGUCAAGACUAGAAUUCAAUUAGAUCAACAUUCCCGAAAUCAAACUCCAGGUAGCAAUACUCCUGGCUAUAAUGGAUAUGCUGAUUGUAUUAAGAAAAUUUAUAAGAAUGAAGGAAUUGGAGGUUUUUAUAAGGGUCUCACUGCAUCCUUCUUGGGAAUAUUUGAAACAGCCAUUUACUUUGUUCUCUAUGAGCAAGUUAAGGCCUUUGCACAGAAAUCUUCAAAUGGAGAGGACAAGAAAUUCACACCUCUCACAUACAUUACACUUAGUGGAAGUUGCAAACUUAUUGCUAGUGCACUGACCUAUCCACACGAAGUUGUGAGAACAAGAAUGAGAGAAAUAGUUAAUGGCAAAUGUAGAUAUGAUAAGGGUAUGAUUAAUGCCUUUAAAACUAUCGCUGUAGAAGAAGGAACAAAGGGUCUCUAUUCUGGAAUGGGUGCUCACUUGGUUAGAGUUGUUCCAACAACUGCUAUCAUGUUCUUAUCAUUUGAAUUUAUUGUUCACUUUAUGGAAAAACAUUAUGGUGAAGCCAAACAAUAA